AUGCUGGACACGACGGCGCACAUGCUGCUACUACUGCAGCAGGCAAAAAUCAAGAACGAACAUCCCUCAGACGCAUCGUUCUUGCCUCUUUCAUUGUCGAUGGCAUGUCUACUGCGACAAUUGCCUUCCGGUUUGGCCCCUCCUGCCGGUACACUCUCAUUUCACCAAAUUGAUUACUUGCCGCAAGAAAAUCUGGAGCGCAAACUAGCCAAUAUGGUUUUAGAUGAUACACUGCGCGCAUUAACAUUUGUUUGUUCUUUGGUCAAGUACGUUCGAAUAAUGCGCAAGUUGCUGCACAUCUGCCACGACCACAUUAGUAACCGAGCUUCAACGACCAAAGCCACGCACGACGUCAUCGAAGCUGUCGUCGAAGCGCUAAGUUCAUCGGUUGCAGACGAUAGCGAAAAAAGACAAGAUACGAAGCGAAAAGACGAUCUUGUGCAAGAGGUUGCUAGAUUUGAUGCAGCGCAGAAGUUAGAGCCAGAUACAACACCGACAACCACUGCGAUAGGCAAGGAUCGAUUAGGUAUUAUGAGACGAGCACUAGGUCGCGAUAUGGGGGAUGGCAGUACUGUGAUUAAAACCAUGAAAAACUUCAUCGCUGAUGCUGAGAUGCAAUCACUUGGCAUGCGUGCUUUAAAGAAGGUAAUUAGGACUAUGGCAGCGGACAAGAUAUCUGUCGAUCUAUCAACAACGAAUUUGCUUGUUGAAAACGAAGCGAAUGAUCAGAAUAACGAGAUAGAGGAACGUAGUAAGGUUGUUAUACAAACGGUUAUUGACAAGAUGAAACAAUUUCCCGAGUCGAGGGCUUUGCAAAGAGACGGCCUACUUUGUUUGGCAGAGUACGCUAAUCAAAGUGAUGGCCAUAUUGUUGUCAUUACAUCUAGUGGAGGCAUCAGUUCGCUCAUUCAUGCAAUGGUCGCACUUCCAGAUGACAUUCCUGCAAAUAUGGCUGGCCUCUCUGUUCUUGCCCAUCCAAAAAUUGCUGAUGAAUCCGUGGUGCGCGUAAACCCAGAAAGCAGACGCCUUGUGCUUUCAGCAAUGGAGCGCUUUCCUUUGAACGAAAAAUUACAAGGCCUUAGCUGCCUCGCGCUAGCAAACCUUAGUUUACGCCAAGACGCUAGUAUGGUGGAGAUCGUCUCGAAAGGUGGACUUGAAAUCGUAGUUGAAAACAUGAAACGUUUUAGCUCGACGGCUUCGAUCCAAGCGGCAGGCUGCUGGCUUAUUGCCAUCAUUAGUGGAAAAAGCGACGAGAUGAAGGUUGCCUGUUUGGAUGCCGGAGCGCUACCAGCGUGUGAAAGGGCACGACUACGCUUCCCGCAGGAUCGUAAGGUUCAACAGCAUGCAGUGCGAGCCAUCCAAACAAUACUCCCAGGAGAAUUAAUUGAGGACAAAAGAUCUUCGACUUCGGAUUUUUGCUCAGUGCAAUAG